GUUCUGGAGAUAUCUGCUCCGAGAUGCAUCUGCCGUUCAUCAAGGCCGAUGAUUUAGCUUGUCGUCAACGAUACGUUUGCAAAAACAAUAUUGAAUUGACAUAUCUUUACCUCGAUAUAAACAUCUUCAAAUGCCCUCGUAAACAUAAACGCCUUGAAUCGAAAUACACGGUUCAGUAUCUUCUUUUACAACAUCCAGCAUCGCAUCACUUAUACCCAUCACAAAAUGCCUAUUGAUCAGUACUCUCAUUCUUCUCCAAUGACGGAGUCAAGAUUCAUUACCAUCUCUAUGGACAAGGCACGGCCUUGGUGUUUGUCCAUGGCCACCCCGACAACGAAAUGACGUUUUCGAUGCAAAUCGAAGAGUUCGCCAAAGACCACACGGUGAUUCUUCCUACCCUUCGAGGAUACCCUCCGAGUGAUGUUCCGCUGGACCCAGAUGCGUACGAUGGCAAUGUCAUGGCGGGCGAUUUGGUGGCCCUUUUGGAUCACUUGGGGAUCGAAAAGGCAGUUUUCGCGGGAGGUGAUGUUGGAGGCAUUACCGUGCAGAAGCUCGCAUUUCUUCACCCAGAGAGAUUGCUGGGCCUGGUCAUCUUCAACACGCCAAUUUUGGGCACCAUGAUGCACCUCAUCCACCACGACCCGGAGCAGCAGGAACUGUCAAAGUACUCACUCAAAUACAUCAAGCACAACCCGGGAGACGCCUAUGAUUUGGACUUUGUUGUUCGCACCAUAGCCGACCCUAAAUACCGCGCCGAGAUCAAGGAGUACCUCCAAAACUCUCCAGAGGGGGGAAUGUUUUACUUUUUUCGCAAGAACUUUCCAGCGCCACCGUAUGGACAAAACAUUGAUACGUCGGGCAUGCACUAUAAGAUGCCGUGCGUGGUUAUAUGGGGAAUGCAGGAGCCGUAUUUCUCGGACAAGAUGCUCGACGGCUUCUAUAAAUGGUUUGACCAGUCGGUUCGAGUGGUUACGCUGCCCCAGGCCGGGCAUUGGCCUUGGAGGGAGGACGCGAGAAAAGUGAACUAGCGAGCUGCGAUCGUGGCUUACUGCCUUGGAAAGCGGACAGCUUUGAAGAUUUGGAGGAAGAUGAAUGAAUGAGCAAGUUGGACAAGAGCGUGUUGUAAUAUGAUUUCUGGGAGGAAGAGAAAUUUGAGGACAUGGAAGCUAAUAAGCCACGAGACAAAUUGUGUCCAUUAUAAUGGGUUAUAUGGAAAAGAAGAUUUCGCC